AUAUUUAGUUUUUAAGUGAGAAAAUAGUUCGCUGAAAAUGGAUAAUAAAAAAGAUAUUUAUAAUUUAUGGGUGCAAUAUACUACGAAGAACGAAGAAUCAUAUUUCCGUGAAUUCAUUGAACGAUUUGUAAACAUUUGGAGAAGCCAACUACCUUUGGAUUUUAGCACAGUUGAAUGCCCGUAUUGGUAUGAAGUUAAACCGGAUAAUGGUCCCCAUUUGGGUCGGUUGCCUGAUGAAUUAUUACCGGCUAUUGGUAAAUUUAUUAUUGUCGCUAGUGAUCAAUGUGCAAAUGAAAAAAUUUCAAAUGAUACUAUACACCAGAUAUCAGUACUGAUUGACUGUCUGGUUGUAAUUUGCCGGCAUUUUGAUAAUAUUCUAGCUGUUAUCAAAUAUGAAUAUAAAUCUAAUUUGAUUGCCAUUCUAACUCAUGUAUUCCAACAGACUUUAAAGAAAAAGAAUGUCAGCAACGAAGUUUCACGGUUAUUUCGCAGCUUCUCUCAAUUCCUGGAAGUUAUGUAUGAUCCAUAUUUGACAUGGCGUAGCUUUCUGCGAAAUAAUUUUGCUGACUAUAAGAAGCUUCCCUACAAACCACAUAACGUUCAUGUUGAAAUUAUACCAUUUAUAUACGACUGUUUCCAGCAUGACGAUAUUAAAAAAUAUCCGGUUAUUGGUGAAAGUUUAAUUCACGCCUUGGGUGCAAUUAUUUGUGGAUCACAGAAAUCUAUAGCUUCUAUUAGUUGUUAUUUUGAUAAGCAAACUGGUGAUGGUAUUAAAAUCUGUGAUAACUUGCGUAACGGUAUGAGAGCUAUUUGCCCGGCUACUGUUUCAGUAGUCAUGAAAAUACUUGCGCAAUGGGAAAGCACCAGUGAUCUGCGCGUUAUUACACUUAGGUGUUGUGCUUUGAUGAUUAUUGUUCUACAGAAGUCUAGUCCUGAAGAGCGCCAAAUAGAUUUAGUAACAUUAAUUAAACUUUACUGUGAUGUUCUAGAACAAUUAAUGACUACAGAACAUUUUCGUCAAACUGGUGAUACUUUCGAUAUAUCAUCGGAUGACGUUGAUGCUAAUGAUUUGACAAUAGAUGUUAAUGCCUUAGAAUCUACAGUUGAUAAUGUUUGUGUAUUUCUAACGGACAAUACAAGUGCGUCAUACAUUUGUGAGGCAAUCGAAGAAACCAGUCUAAUGGAUGUAUUAAUAUCAAUACCAAAAAAAAUUAAAGAUUGGAGCCUCAAUUAUGGCCAAUUAAUGAUAAAAGUUAUCAAUUCUCUGGCUGCCAUUACUCGUAAUUCUAUAAGAAUUACCGAUCAUCUUCGCUAUAAUGAUAAGAUAGGUAAACUUUUUGACGGUCUAAUGGAUUUAGGCUUACCGUCCAUAGCUUUAUUGGAGGCUUGCAUAAACUUGGCGUAUAAUGAAGAAAUGGGUCUAAUAAUAGUGCCAGAAGUGCUUAAUAAAUUAAUCGAUUGGUUGCCGAACAUAGAUACAAGGGAACAAACGUAUUUAAGUGAAAAGGUCUAUAAAUCGUGCGUCAAUAAUUAUGGAACUAAAUCAAUAGCUUGUGAAAAUCGUAUUAUCCGAUCUGUAUGCUGCUGCUUGCAAGACUUUCAUAAACUUUCCGAUACUUGUAUACAAAACUGUAUAAAACUUAUUGAAGAAUUAAGUAAACUAAGUAUUUUGCCGAUUGAGUUAAAAAGCAUAUUCAGUUUAUUGCGUAAAGAAAGUGCAUUUCCGCAUUCCAAACAAUUACUACAAAUGCUGGUGACAGUAUCGUUGCAAACGUUGAACAGCAGCAAUUUGUGUUCACAAUAUUUUAAUUUCACAAAACCCAACGACGGUAUUUUGGUAACAGACAUAAAAAAUUGGUCAAUGUCGGGUUCAUAUGGCUUUAUAUUUCAUAUCUUGCUAAGGCUAAACGAUAAAGUCGCGAAAUCAUCUAAGAGCAAUAAAACAGAAAAUACACAAGAACGUUCAAAUUGUCGAAGGAUGUUAUUGAAUUUGCGCACCGCGAGCAAUACCGGUUUCGAAGUAUUUAUACAAAAUAGUGGUAACGUAGUGGUAGCAGCUUUAACAAAACGUGAAUAUCUUACGUCUACAGUGAAUUCCAGUGUUCUCUUAGAUAGCCAGUGGCAUUAUGUGACUGUAGCUAUAACACCACCAAAACGGCCGUUUUCCUAUAGUCAAAUUAAUGUUCAUAUAGAUUUUAUGCAAAAAAUAAGUGCGACGUUGAAAGUACAGGCCAUUAACGAACCGUUUGUCUUUUGUUCGGUCGGCUCUAUUCUACCGGAAAUCAAAACUCAGCAAGUAAAGGCAUUGACAAAUACCAAUUCCUUACCUAGGUCAUCUUCGCAGGAUACCAGUCAUAGUUAUAAAGGCAUGUUACCCAGUUUAUUGGAGAGAACGCUGUCAACUAAUGUAACCAAUUACUUUACUUUACCUUUGCGUUCGCAAGCAUCUUACGACCCGAAUGUGAAAAAUUUCCCAUUAGGUAUGCAAGAUACUGUAUUUGGCGAACAACAAUGUCUAAACGGGCAGAUUGGCGGUGUUCUUCUAGCCGAACCUACCACCAGUUUAAAAACAAUUUUUGAUGUCGGCAUUAAUUUUACCUCCAUAUUUUCGCAGGAUAAUGAUAUACUUGAACUGACUUCACGUUUUGUAUUUUGUUAUUCACCUGGUGCUUAUUUGCAAAAUACUUGUUUGGAUUUAAUACCGAUCGGCAAGUAUAUGGGCUUGGUGCAAGCUCAGCAUUGUCGUAUUGUGAAAAUCCAAGACACUAUUAAUAGCAUUGGUGGCAUACAAGCUAUUUUACCCAUUCUACAUGAUAUUGUCAAAAAUCAACGCGAUGACAUAUAUGUUUCUGGUGGUGACGAAGAAACUUCUGAAAGUGAAGAGAUUACUAAAACGCCUUUAGCUGAGGAGUUUUCCGAUUGGGAAAUGCUUACCUCAAACUCUUACACUGAAUGGAAAAUGCUACAGUAUCCCGUAGCGGGUUUCAUGUGCUUCCUGCGUUAUCUUGUGCAUGAGCAUGAAAAUAAUCAAGAAAAUCUUUUAAAUAGUGAAUGCCUAUCUAUCGUAGGAAUGAUGCUACAAAAGUGUUCGAUGAGAAUAUUUAAAGUCAACACUCUUAUGGGCACCCAUUUACUCAUAGAAUCCCUUCAGGGUCAUAAAACAGUUGGUGGACGAUCAAAUUUGGCAUUAUUAGAAGAUCUUUACACCAGCAUCGCUUUUAACUUUGACAUUUGGGUUCAUAUGAAUUUCCAAAUAACUUUGGGCCAUGUUCAGUAUUUAAGUGCCAUGAUUAAAAAUGAUCGUAAAUAUUUUCGAAAAAAAUUUGGUAUUCAAUACUUUUUAGACGUUAUACGUCAAUAUUAUAGCGCACCGGAAAAUAUGACACCUGAGGAUGCAAUGACUAUACGUUCUACUUUGUAUGCAAUUGUCAGAUUUUAUUUACAAAAAGAUGUUAACAUCAAGGAAAUAGUAACGAUAAUUGCCUUUUUAUCAUCUGUCAAACAAGAUCAAGUACUAAUCGAGUUUCUUGACAUGAUGGCUAUGCAUGUAAAGGGGAAAAAUUGCCGUGACCAAUUAAUCCUAUUAAUGCAUGAACCGCAGACAGCCAAUUUAUUGUAUAAUUAUUUCAUUGACAAGAACUACAGUUGCCAAUUGCAAGAGGCAGCUAUAAGGUUUAUAAGCAGUUUAUUAAGCACUUCGCGUGUUCAUCCUAAGUACAAGCAAAUAAUGCGUUUACAUGACCCUGCCGCAGAUGUAUCAUUGUUCCCGGGUUUUUUCUCUUACACCAUACCCAUGACAUUGAGCUAUACUAUCUUAUUCCAUAUGUUAGACGAAAUGCUUACGUCGGAAAUUGACUAUUGUGGUUUAAUAUUUCUUAUACAUCAUGUUAGUUCUUGUGAAUUACCGGUUAAGUUAGAGGUCGCAAAACGUCUACUACAGACUACGUUCACUAACGAAAAUUCGCCUUAUUCUAUAGCGAAGCAAGCUGGUUGGCAGGAAUCUAUCGCUCGAUUGCUAAUACGAAAACCGAUAGACAAUAUGAAACCCGAUGAAGAGAAACGUAAAAGUUUUGGAAUAAAUUUGGAUGUUUUGCUCGAGGAUGAAAACGAAUUUAACAAUCAGGGAGAUUUGAUAAGUUUUUGUGAACAACAUUUAGAAAUGGAAAAUCAAGAUCAUGGUGAAGGCGUUUUAAGUUUAAAUGAAAUACAAGCCAGUGUAACUGAAGCAGCCAAUGUUAUAGAGUCCGAGAUAAAAGAAUUAGCUGAAUCGGUAUCGGGAGCAGUAGUGGAAAAUGUCACUUCAGUGUUUUCGGUUAUCCGACAAACUACUCACGACAUUCAAGACACUUUCGAAUCCUUUGCGAUGGGCUCUUCUACUGAUUCAACAGAAGCGGUUUCCCCUAAACAACGUCAGGAUUCGUUGAGCUCAGAUAGUUCCUCACAGUCACCUCAAGGAGCCAGUAAAAAAAACGAUUCCUUUGAGACAAAUUUGAAAUUUUCUCAGGAUGGUGAAGUGAAUAGCGAAGAGCAAUUGGUGUAUUUAGUUUCCAAUAUAUUGUUUACCAUAUUUUGGCGUGGUGUACCUAAUGAUCACAUUGACUGCUGGAAAGAACGCGGUCAAGUACUAGGUUGCAUUAAUUUAUUGGCCCUUAAUAAUGAGUUAAUGACUUCUCAUUUAUCGCUGAGAUUAAAAAUAUUGGAAAUGGCUGUACAAGCUUCCCUAUCUGAUUUAGCUCAACAUGGAAGUCAAGUUUUGAUUAAUCAAGAGAAUGCCUCACAUAUUUUACGUAUGGUUUAUGAUUUAGUCGUUUUGGGCUCAAAUGAAGAUGAAUCGAAAAAAUGUUCCACAAAAUUAUUGGAUGGAGUUUUGGCUCUUUUGGACGCUUUAAUGAUAUUUCAGCAAGAUUCUUCGGACGAUUGGUCAGAUAUGGUACGUCUCUGUCUAGGUUUAUUACUUAAAUGUUCACAUCACCCUGAUCCUGGUGUGGUCGCAAUGGCAACCGCAAGACUUCAUGCUAAUUUAAAAUGUCGCAACACUGAAAAUCCCAGCGAGUUAGCCUAUUUGUUAUUCUCCAUUAACAGAGCUUUGGAUAAUGCCAUUGAAGUUGGCGAUCCUGAGGAAUACUCAUUCUUAAUGCCGGUCAUGAAAGCUUUAAUAGAAAAAUGCCGCAAUGUUUUCAGUUUAGACAUAAAUCUACCGGACUUACCUUCUACCUCAUCUGGGCCAGUAUUUUUUAAUGAUUUUCAAAUGUAUAGCACCAGCAAGAAAUGGCGAAAUUUCAUGGAAAAAAUUGUACAGCCCUUAUAUGAUGUGUAUCAACGUGAGGUGGAAUUAAAUCUUUGGGAACCCAUUAAUCGUUAUUGGGCUGAAUGUUAUGAAGCUUGUAAAGUUGCUUCAAAAAAACGCGGUACUCUGCAAGCGGACAAUCGAGCUCUAUUUCAGAAAAAAAUUAUUAUACCCUGGAAGGUGCACCAGCUUGAAGAAACUAAACGGUUGAGUGCGGCUGCAUUACAUCAUAAAAGAAAAUGCAGUCACAUUAAGAAGAAAUGGAAAUGCGCGAAACGUUUCUUGUACGGGCCGCGCGGUCCGUGGUUUACGGGAAAAACAAUCGAAGAAUAUUGGACUUUAUCAAAUCAUGAGAAUACCGCUAGAAUGCGACUUAAACUGGAACCGCAGCUAUAUCCGAAUACCCAUGAAAACGCUUCGAAAUUAAGAGACAAUGCUACAAAUCAUUACGAUGCCAAAGAAAUAUCCGAGUUUGAUUCGACCAUAAAGAAUGUAGUUGUUCGAGAUUUUCUCGCUAACGAUGAAAAUUCACAAUUGGAAGAAGACUUACGGCUAACGAUCGAGGCGCAAUCGCAGCAAGAUGUGACUUUAGAAAAGUUACUAAUAUCGCAAGAAUGCGAACUAAUAACGUUAAUGACCAAAGUUAAGGGCAGAAUUGAAGUCAAUCAAACCCUAUUUACGUUCAUCGAUUUAAGUCCACCCGCUGACGAUGGCUCGAAACAUGAUUUUAGAUUUUCUAUAAAUAAAAUACGUGAGGUGCAUUUACGCAAAUACAAUUUAAGACGUAGCGCGUUGGAAAUUUUCCUUAUAGACCAGACAAGCUAUUUUUUGAAUUUCACUACAAAAACUCGCAAUAAAAUAUUUUCAAAAAUUUUGAGCCUACAACCUCCGAAUAUUCUAUAUGGCUCUGGCAGAUCACCAGCUGAAUUAUUAAAAACAUCUGGAUUAACACAGAAAUGGAUGAACAGAGAAAUAUCGAAUUUUGAAUAUUUAAUGUAUUUGAAUACCAUAGCAGGACGUUCAUAUAACGAUCUCAGUCAAUACCCAGUCUUCCCUUGGAUUUUAGCCGACUAUACAAGUGACAUAUUAGAUUUAACCGAUCCAAAGUCGUUUCGUGAUUUAUCUAAACCGAUUGGUGUGGUUAAUCCAAAAAACGAAGUAGAAGUACGUUCCAAGUAUGAUUCGUUUGAGGAUCCUUCUGGCGCCAUACCGAAAUUUCAUUAUGGUACCCAUUACUCAAAUUCAGCUGGUGUAUUACAUUAUUUGUUACGCGUUGAACCGUUUACCUCGCUGCACAUUGAAUUGCAAAGCGGUCGCUUCGAUGUUGCUGAUCGUCAAUUUCAUUCAAUACCUCAAACAUGGAAAUUAUUAAUGGAUAACCCAAACGAUGUUAAGGAACUAAUACCGGAAUUUUUUUAUUUUCCCGAAUUCCUGAAAAACAUGAACAAAUUUGAUUUGGGUCAUUUACAAAUUACUAAGGAAAAAGUUGACGAUGUUAUUUUGCCUUCUUGGGCCACCACACCCGAAGAAUUUAUAGCCAUACAUCGCCGAGCAUUAGAAUCGGAAUAUGUUAGUCAAAAUUUGCAUCAUUGGAUUGAUUUAAUAUUUGGCUACAAACAAAAAGGUCCCAAAGCUGUAGAAGCUUUGAAUGUAUUCUAUUACUGCUCUUAUGAGGGUGCAGUAGAUUUAGAUAAAAUCACUAAACCAGUCGAGAGAGAAGCUGUCGAAGGUAUGAUUAAUAAUUUCGGUCAAGUACCAUCGCAACUUAUGAGGGAACCUCAUCCGCGUCGCCUUACUCAAGAAGAGACGGCGGUAAAGCUGCUAAGAGGCGAACUAAAACGACCUGACUUAACGCAAUUUCUUGAUAAGAUUGUACAAUAUUACUGCGAAAUUUCAACACCCAAAGAUCCGAUAGUCUAUUUGAGUCCACCACGUAGCCCACCAAGAUCGUUUUUGCAAUUAAGUCCAGAUAUGUUAGUUAGCAUUUCAAAGUCCUGCAUUUUGGGUUGCCAUUCAUGGAUGUGUUAUGAUAAGGAAAGAGGUUUCUUGCUGGAAAUAGAUGCUACUACAACAAAUUUAAAAAAUCGUAAACGUAUAUUUGGUCCUUUACAUCCCUCACAAGCGCCUCACUCGCAGAUGUUUGCUAUCAGUACGGAUGGCAAGCUGUUGUAUGCUGGCGGCAUAUGGGACAAUUCGUUACGAGUGUAUAAUCUACACAAAGGCAAAUCGAUAGCUUCGGUCACCAGACAUUUAGAUAUUAUAACUUGUCUGGCUUUGGAUAAUUGUGGUUCUUAUUUGGUUACCGGUUCUCGCGAUUGCACCUGCAUUAUAUGGAGCAUUCAAGCUUCACAUGUCUAUGGUGGUAGUGGUAUUGCUGGUAGCAGUAGUGCUAAUGUCACAUCAAAUAUACCCGUACAUGCCUUAACUAGCCAGACUAACUUACAAUCAGUUAUGCAAUUGAAUUCGCAAAACAGUUUCUCACCUAAACCAUUGACAACAUUGUACGGUCAUGAUGGUGCGAUUUCAAGUGUAGCCAUCUAUACUGAACUAGAUAUGGUAGUUUCGGGCUCUUUGGAUGGAACCGUCAAUAUUUACACCAUACAAGAUGGUCAGUUCGUACGCACACUUAAGCCAAUUGGUUGCACAGAAUUUUGUGUGCAAAUUUCUUAUGUCACGGUUUCGUAUCAUGGUCAUAUUGCCUUCAGUGCAUUGGAUGAUACAUCUCAUUCGGUACAUGUUUACAGUAUUAAUGGCACUAAUUUAGGUUCAAAAUAUGUCUCCGGCCGUGUAACUGGUUUAACAACUGCUUCUGAUUAUCUGGUUGUAGCUGACGAUGCCGGUGAUAUAACUAUGAGUCGUUUACACGGAUUAAAGCCUGUAUUCGAUAUACCGUUGCAUGUGCCUGUACAAACGGUAGUAGUAACGCCAGGCAAUACCCAUAUACUGGCGCCUCUACGUGAUGGUCGCUUGGCUGUGGUAGCUGUGCAUCUACCAUUAGGCAACGUCAAAAAGCAUUCAGUGUUGAACGUAUAAAACUAAAUCUAGACUUUAGCAACGUAAAGUAAAAAAUACUUAGAGUGCGAUAUACCCAAUAGUAAGUGAUAUAAGGUAGAAAAGUGUCUUUUAAAGCAAGCGUAUAUUUCCCACAUUACGGAAUAUAUCUCUAAAGCACUUUUUCUUUUUCAUAAUAAUAGUUUUUAAGAAUUAAUAUCAAGCAAAUCAGUUGAAAUCGCAAACUAUUUUACGUUUAGAUAUUAAGUUUAAUUUAAAAAUGAUUGCUUUUUUUUUACUCACAUAUCGGUAGUAAGUUCGCAAUAUAAGUACAUAGUGGCUCUGAUAUGAUUUUUAAGCGGGCAAGUAUUUUUGAAAAACGUUUUGUACCCAUCACCGUAGAACGUGGGGAGUGUUCAUAUUGUCAAAACGUUUGCAACUCCCAGAAGGAGACAUCGGAGACCCCAUAAAAUACACACAUCCUUGAUUAGCGUCAAAUUCUAAUCGGCUUGUGUGGCCGCGUAGAUAACAAUCGUGGCUAACGAUAACGCAGUGUUCGCGGCAUCAAACCUCAAGUGCCGUAGAGUUUUUCUUAGUCAUAGUUAUAGUGAGCGGUCAGUCCUACUAGGCUGCAUCUAGGUCACAUCUACUUGGCUGCGCCCAUCACCACCUCUAACCGUCACCAUGUUACACGAAUAGAUGAUCCUCCCGUGAGUGGUUGGUCAUGUUAAGCUAAAAAAAAAAAAAAAACGAUUAAAGCAUGUCCGUCUGGCUGUCCGAGUAAUGCCUGUUGUAAACAUUCUUUUGACCACUUGGAAGACACUUGGGUCACCAUAUAAUAUUUGACUAUUAUUGACUAGUAUCAAAUUUCAAUCGUUCUAGACAUGUUUAUCCGUCCGAUUUGUCCACUCGUCUAUUAAUUGUUUUUAUUUAAAUCAUUAUAAUAAUCUCCAAAAUUGGAGAUAUCUGCUACAAAUUUAACAGAAGCUUGGAGAACGUUGCGCGCAGAUCGAUAUUGAAAGUGAGACAAACCUGCAAAAGACACGACUAUAGUACAAUGGAAGUGAGAACAUUUCGCCUUUCUGGGAUUUUUAGCCGUUACGCAUUAACUUCAAAAAAACGGACGGAUAUAGAUUUAUACUUCCAUUCCCCAAAAAAA